CCGACCUGUCUUGUGGAGAAACGGUGAGUGAUUGGCCUGCUCAAUUUUUCCAUCUGACAGUCUGCUAGAUCAAACUGCUUGACAACAUGAUCGAGGACGCUCGCAGACUCUGCAUUCGAAGUCCUAUUUUGUUCCGAAUGUCUACUAGAAGACACAUCAUCUCGUCCAAGAACACACGCUAUGGCGUCGACCACGGCACCAUGUUCCAGACGCUGACCACGAGCAGCGGGAUCAAAAACAUCAUUUCCCUCAGCGCGGCCUAUUUCAAUUCGCUGGCUUCCUACAACAGACAAGAGCAACAACUGAUCCGACCAAGGUUUCUCCAGAUGUUGGUUCUGCUGUUAUCUCUACUGAAUGACGAUGACUUGAGUGAAUUGGCCGAAUUCCUCGAAGUGACCUACUCAAUCCAGGCCCACCGGCAGCACAUCGAACUUCUCAUCCUCAAAGUACUCCCACUCAUGUCAAUCAACUCCAAAAUCUUUCUGCGGUCCCUCAUCAUUGCCUGCGAUGGCCCUCUGGCAAACCCUGAUCCACAGCUGUCUGAUCAGCCUCAGCUCUGGAGCAUGUUCCUUCACCACCUGGUCGACCAUCAGUACGUUCUGCCCGGCACUAUCGAGCAGGUAGGCAGUGCGGAGUGCUCGUGGGUCAUCAAUUGGCCUGAAAAGGGCUACUCAGAUUCCGGCAUUUUCAAGCACCUGCAAUAUGCCGGGCCCGCAAGGACCAUCAACGAGAUACCACCGAUCAAUCUCACUGCGGAGUACACCUCGAAUGAAGUCACCAUUAUUCUUACUAAUGGCUGUCGAUACAUUGUCUCGGUGGAAGACCUCGAAAACAUCACCCGCAUGACGCCACGACGGUACGCGGUCGUUGAAGCCACCCCCGAGGGCAGGUCUUUCAAUCUUGACAUAACAGACGUCCAGGUCAAUGAGCCUCUUUACAGGGCCAUAUGGGAAAUCAAUACGACACUUAAUGUCGUAAAGAGCAUCCUCCCAGCUCGACCGAAGCACACAAUGUCGGCGCGUCUCAACAGCAUCAUCGGGGAGCGGCUUCCCAUAUCCCGGAGGCUGAGCCGAGGCGGGUCACCUAGCGAACAAUCACUCCUUCCCGAGAUCAAGGGGUCGGGCCGUUUAACGUACCACGUCGCUUCGCUCAACGAGCACAUGCUCGCUGUCACGUACAAAGUCGAGGGACGGAAAAUCACCCGGCGAGAACUCGUGCGGCACCUGGCGUCGGACCUCAGCAAGAUGCGCGCUGCCAUCGAGGCCAUCGAGAUCACGGUCCAGCAGACGUUCGACGAGAAACGGCUGGACGAGCGGAUUCGACAGACGGUGCACGGCAUCCGGGCGAGACUGGUCGCGGUGUGGCGCCUCUACAGACUCGCGGAGGAGAACAAGGAGAAGAUGGAAAAGUACUCGGCCAAACUGGCGGACGAGCCGAUCUCCAAGGUCCUCUACCCGAUCGGCGCCGAGGAGACGCCCAUCGCCGUCUGGAACGUGUACAAGGCGUGGCGCGGCGGCGGCAACGGGGACGUCAUCUACAUUGAGGCCCAACGUCGUUCGGUCCACUCGGUCACGCUGUUGAACGACGGCAUGACCAUGGAGGUCAGCUUCCACGGGCACGAGACCAAAUACUUUGUCACCCCUCUCACAAAGAUCGAGGACGGAGAGCACGAAGAAGAGAUCAGAUCGGAGGACAUGGUCAUCCUAGCCGGUCAAUACCUCAUUGUAGUCGAACGAAACGGGAUAACAUUUACCCCAAACGAGUUGGCAAACUCGGGUCACCACCAUCACAAUCACCCACAGCAGCAGCAUGGCAUAUCAAAGGCCGGCGACGAACCUCUUCUCGGACCUUGUCAACCAGCAACGCCAACAUCAUUCGCCGCAAGUCGAUCGACCGAGAGAUAUCCCAGGAUAGAAAGGCGAUCCGUCCCAGAGUCGUCGGCCGCUGCCGCUACCGCUACGCCCACCCGAAGGACUCUCCCCAGGCCGCAAAUGCAGCUGGAGACGAUCUUGAACUGGCUAAAGGUCACGGGGGUAGAAUCGCCCAGGAGAAGGAGGAGACACCCACAGAACGAUGCCACUCAGAUGAUCAUCAGUGCCAUCCGUUGAUAUUCAUGUUGACAAUGUUGAUGUGAUGACCCCUUUUUGAAGGCGGGUGCUGUUAUGCGCUGGCUAGCUGAACAAUGAAUAAUGGGAGAGAGCAAGGAGGGAAAACAUCAACGUCAUCUCCAUUUUGGAAAAACAAAAAAAAUGUAUUCAACUUCUC